ACGGCCACACUUUGCAGUGUUCUUGCUAAAAACAAAACAAUCUUGAAAUUAAGAGUAAAUUUAUCAACCUAAAGCUACCAAAAUGACGCAGGACAUGCUGCUGGGCAACGAGGAGCCAAGCAAGACCAAGGAGACGUUCCUGGAGAAGUUCUGUGUCCAGGCCAAGUCAGCCACAGGCACCGCUUUGCUGGAUGUGAUUCGCCAGGCCCUCGAAGCUCCAAAUGUCUUUGUUUUCGGCGAGUUAUUGGCAGAACCAUCUGUAUCUCAGCUCAAGGACGGCCCUGAUGCCAAGCAUUUCGAGACCCUCAACCUCUUCGCCUAUGGAACCUACAAGGAAUACCGCGCUCAACCGGAAAAGUUCAUCGAACUAAGUCCCGCCAUGCAGAAAAAACUGCAGCACCUGACCAUCGUCUCACUGGCCAUCAAGGCCAAGAGUAUUCCCUACGCCCUGCUCCUCAGCGAACUGGAGAUCGACAAUGUCCGUCAUCUGGAGGACAUCAUCAUCGAGGCCAUCUACGCAGACAUCAUCCACGGUAAGCUGUUCCAAAACACACGCAUUCUGGAAGUGGACUACGCCCAGGGACGCGACAUUCCGCCCGGCUAUACUGGACAGAUUGUGGAGACCCUUCAGGCGUGGGUCAACUCGUGCGAUAGCGUCUCCAACUGCAUUGAAAUGCAGAUCAAGUAUGCCAAUGCGGAGAAAUCCAAGAGACUAGCGAACAAAGAGCGCGUGGAUCAAGAUCUCAUCAAUCUGAAGAAGGUCCUGAAGAGCCAGACUUCGGACAGUGAUGAGAGCAUGCAAAUCGAUACUCAUGGGCCUGGAACCAGCGGCGGAUUGGGUCAAUCUGAGCUGCGCAAGAAGCCUUCGAAGUUGAGGAAUCCUCGCAGUGCGGCAGUUGGCCUGAAGUUCAGCAAGUGAGAUGAGGCCGGUCGAGCGGAUGAGGAGUCAGGAGCUAUGCGUCGCUCAAGGUCACAGGCAACACCGCGUGGAACUUGAGGACCAGAGACCGCUCGACUGUCGGAGGAAACCCACUCCCACCAGGCUAAUCACAUCAAAACUCAAUUGAAUUCGCCAGAACAAAUGCCGGCUGUCCUGUAAUGGAUUCCAUAAUUAGCAUCAAAUUGAUCAUCAAUAAAUAACAAAUACAAAACCUGUAAUAAUAGAAACUAUACAUCAAAAUGCA